UUAAUAUCCUCCUCUGGGGUUCGAUAACCUACUUUAGUUUGCAAAUCGCGUGGUAUAAAUUGGAAUUCGCGGAAUAUGCCGAAAUGAUGGAGAAGAAGGUCGCAACCCUGGAAGGAGAAAUCGAGAAGCUGAAGAAUAAGUCGCGAAAAGAAAUGUAA